AUGGACGACCCAGACCGUCCCACCAAAAGGACCAAGCUAUCCAACACAACCGAUUCCUCUCUCCCAGGAACAAACAACGACGACAACCAUCAUGUUCCCCUAGCAUCUCUACACCGUUCCAUCACACCCCCAUCCCUAUCCCGCGCCACACACCACAACAAUGUCUUCCCUCCCCAACCCCAGCCCAAUAAUAAUAUCAACCUCAACUUCAACACCAAUACCAAUAACAAAAAAGAGAAGAAGAUCCUCCCCUCUCCCAUCCAACUAACCCACAUCCGCGACCUCCCCACAACCCACAACACUUCCACUCUCCGUCUACGCGACAUCCUCAGCUCCCCUCUAAUUCGCGAAUGCUGGCAAUUCAACUACCUCUUCGAUGUGGAUUUUCUUAUGAACCAGUUCGACGAGGAUGUACGACACCUAGUCAAAGUGAAGGUCGUUCAUGGGUCGUGGAAGAAAGAGGCGGACAAUCGGGUGAGGAUUGAUGAAGCAUGUACGCGCUAUCCCAACGUCGAAGCUAUCACAGCUUACAUGCCCGAACCAUUUGGAACACAUCAUUCGAAGAUGAUGGUGUUGGUCAGGUGGGAUGAUGUGGUGGAAGUGGUGAUCCACACGGCAAAUAUGAUCCCAGGUGACUGGACGAACAUGACCCAGGCCGUGUGGCGGUCUCCUCUUCUCCCACUUUCCACUUCCCCUCGGGGUCAAGGGGAUGUAGGGCCAGGGGGUAAGUUCAAAAGAGACCUGCUAUCGUAUUUAAGAGCGUAUGGUCCCAAGAAGACGGGUUCGCUGGUUGAGCAGCUGGAGAAGUAUGAUUUCGGUGCCGUGAGAGCGGCGUUGGUGGCAAGUGUGCCUUCGAAGGUGAAGAUGGGAGGUUAUGAUGAGAUAAAGACGUGGUGGGGAUGGUUGGGCCUAAGGGAUGUUUUACGCUCUGUUCCUGUGUCUCCUAGCUCUACGGAGGGGGAUAAGAAGAAGGGGGGACCGCAUAUUGUCACCCAGAUAUCCUCCAUCGCCACCCUGGGUCAAACGUCCAAAUGGCUCAACGAUGUCUUUUUCACCUCUCUCGCCCCAUCAUCACAAGCACCAGAUACUCCUAGGUCUAAGCCCACCUUCUCGAUCAUAUUCCCUACUCCCGACGAAAUGCGCCGCUCCUUGAACGGCUACGGCUCCGGCGGCUCCAUUCACAUGAAACUGCAGAGCGCGGCACAGCAGAAACAAUUACAGUAUCUGCGGCCGUAUCUAUGUCGCUGGGCGGGUGAUGAGAAUACGGACCGUGACGCGGGUCGACGGCGCGCAGCACCCCAUGUCAAGACGUAUAUCCGGUAUGCGACGGAGGAGAUGGACCGGAUCGAUUGGGCGAUGGUGACCUCGGCGAAUCUGUCGACGCAGGCGUGGGGGGCUGCCGUGAAUGGCAACGGGGAGGUGAGGGUAUGUAGUUGGGAAAUUGGGGUUGUGGUGUGGCCGGAGUUGUUGGGUGCAGAGGGAAGUGAAGAUGCAAAGGGGAGUGGGAAUACAGUAAUGAUCCCUUGCUUCCGAACAGACACACCCGAUGCAGCUGCAGCUGCAGCCGUGGAUGCAGACACCGUCAUUGGCUUCCGCAUGCCCUACGACCUCCCAUUGACACGAUAUACAGCCGAUGAUAUCCCCUGGUGCGCAACAGCGAGCCACAGCGAACCAGACUGGCUCGGACAGACAUGGGAGGAUUAAUGCCACCAUUUACAGCUACCCAUUCCCUACCCUACCCUACAACCACAUCCCCCACAUAGAUGAACCCCCAGACAGCAAACAGCAGCCAGAUUGAAUCAAAUCGAUGACUAUGAAAUAUCUCAUAACUCAUCCACU